ACAGCUGGUUGAGCAGAAAGUGCGUUCAGUCUUAGCUAAAUAUGAGGAUUAAAAAUCGAUGGCACUCCACUAACUUCUGCUUUGGUGAUUCAGACUGAAUGGACAACAAACCAUCCACAAAAAACUCAGGUGUCACAGCAAUAGCGUCACAGGCUGAGGUUUGGUGAAUAAAGAUGCUUGUGGACUGGAGGAUACAAGCCAGCACUGGAAUCAGAACAAGUGAAAAACAAACUGCUCAAAAAAAGAGAAAGAAGCAAAGUCCCUAAGCACAAUGAAUGCUCUGAGGUUGGACCAUCUCAGAUAAGAAGGGGGAUAUCAAAACAUGGAGGUGCUGCUCUGUGUCUGUACCCUCUGGCAUCUUUUGUUAGAUAAACCUUGACAUCUACAUAGGGUCAAACAACCCUUAAAUAAUGUAUAUAUGUAGAAGAACUGACUUGUGUCAGCAAGAAAGCUCUGCCUAGAUGAGAGACCCUUUUGUGACAGAGUUUCGGCCACUGACACGAUUGAAGAAUGUAGCUGUUAUAAGCUAUUUGACCUAUGAUUUAGGACUUUCAAAGCAAAGACAAAGGCAGCAUGGAAGUGCCGACCACCUCUCUGGUUCAGAUUUAUGUAAAUGAUGCAGAGAAGCUGAAUACAUCUUACGACUACAACGUGACAGAUGCAUCUGAGCCCCCAGAGGCAUAUCAGUUCUACACCAUUGGCCUCUUCCUCUCAUGCCUCUACACCAUCUUCCUGUUUCCCAUUGGCUUCAUUGGGAAUAUACUCAUCCUAGUUGUCAACCUAAAUCACAGGGAGAAAAUGACCAUCCCUGACCUCUACUUUGUCAAUCUGGCGGUGGCGGACCUGAUACUGGUGGCAGACUCGCUAAUCGAAGUCUUCAACCUCAAUGAGAAGUACUAUGACUACGCUGUGCUGUGCACAUUCAUGUCCCUAUUCUUACAGGUUAACAUGUAUAGUAGCAUCUUUUUUCUGACAUGGAUGAGCUUUGACCGAUAUGUGGCUCUGGCUAGCUCAAUGAGUAGCAGUCCUCUGCGAACCAUGCAGCAUGCUAAGCUCAGCUGCAGCCUCAUUUGGAUGGCCUCCAUCCUAGCUACGCUGCUUCCGUUCGCUAUCGUCCAGACCCAGCACCGCGGCGAGGUGCACUUCUGCUUCGCCAAUGUUUUUGAGAUCCAGUGGCUGGAGGUGACGAUUGGCUUCCUGGUGCCCUUCUCGGUCAUCGGCCUGUGCUACUCGCUGAUCGUGCGCAUCCUGAUGCGGGCACAAAAGCACAGGGGCUUGUGGCCUCGCAGACAGAAGGCACUGAGGAUGAUUGUGGUGGUGGUGCUGGUUUUUUUCAUUUGCUGGUUACCUGAGAAUGUGUUCAUUAGCAUCCAGCUACUGCACGGCACAGAUGACCCGGCCCAACGCAGCACUUCCAGCAGCCAUCUCUGGCACGACUACCCACUGACAGGCCACAUUGUCAACCUAGCCGCCUUCUCCAACAGCUGCCUCAAUCCCAUCAUCUACAGCUUCCUGGGGGAGACCUUCAGGGACAAGCUAAGAAUUUUCAUCAAGCAGAAGGCCAGCUGGUCCGUGCUCUACCGCUUCUGCCACCACACCCUGGAUCUAAACAUCCCUGUGAGGAAUGAGGUAUCGGAGGUGUGAUGCUAUGGGAUCUUGCCUGUCUAUGGGAUCUUGCUGCAACUGGUUUUCAUAAAAGUUUUAGGAUGUCACAGAAGUUGAGUUAUAUGUAGGCUGUAGGGUCCUGGGAGUUGUCUUUAUGUUCACAAACAGGCACCAAACCCUCAAGGCUUCCAGAAUUCAGCUUUUUUUACUACUAUUAUUAGUAGUUGAGAUAUCAUGUAGGUAGGACCUUACCAAGAGACAACCAUUCUGGUUUCUGUACGCACAGCUGUAGGAUGCAUUGUUUAUCCUCUUUGUAAUUAGAUAUUAAAAUUAGAUGCCAUUGAUCUCCGUUUAGGCUGAUUCAGGGUAUUAAACACACUGACGUUUAAUGGAAUUUGCAUGACGAAACUUGAUGGAAAUACCAGAAUUUAUGUUUUUUUCAUGUAUUCUCUUACCAAAAGACACACUCAUUAUUAUAAUGUAUCAGAGCUAAACCUCUCAUAAAGCUGCUGGACAAUCUGAUCUGGGAAACGGUGUUGAGGGAACAAAUUUAAACAGACACAUCAAAGGGACUAGGGAUUUUCUUCCCCAUGACCCUGGUGCAAUUAUUGUAACACUGUAUACUGCUUGGAACUGUUCAGGUAACCCAGAGGGACUGGGACAAAUUUGUUUGCUGGCUUAUUUUUAUAUGUAUUGACAAUGGUACUUCAUUUUAAGUUGCCAUCAAAUGACAUUUUCUUUCUUCCUUUAACACUACUAUUAUUUAAAUAAAUAAAAUAUGUUUGUUUUUUUCUAAGAUGCUGUUCAGAAGCACAUCGCUGACUCCUACUGACAAGUACUGACAACCUCAUGUAUUACAAAAAUUUUUACGAUAAUGCAAAUCUAA